CCAGCUUGAAGCCCAGGGACAAUCUGACGGAUCUUAACCUACGGUAGCUACGAGCUUCCUCCACGAAUGGAACGCCAACUGCAAUGGACUAUCCGCCGCGCGAAAAAUUCCUUCGAAAUGCUUUGCAGUUACGAGCUAUCAAUUCGUUGGAACAGCGCAUUAUGUAUAAAAAUGGCAUUCUGUGUUCUCUCUGGCGGUGGCCGUCGUUUUCUCUCCGAUCCGAAUUGACAAAAAGACGAGGAGAAUUCAAACCCGAUUCCAAAACCUAGGACCUGUUGAGAUCGCCGGCGAGGAAGAGAUGGGGCCCAGGAAAGGAGGAGGGGUGGCGGCGCAGCCGGAAUUUAGCCUGGCUAGGCUUUAUUUCUGUUGCAUGGUCGCCGGAGGGGUACAGUAUGGCUGGGCUCUCCAGCUUUCUCUCCUCACUCCCUAUGUCCAGACGCUUGGGAUACCACAUUACUUGGCUUCCGUUACGUGGCUUUGUGGACCCAUUUCAGGGCUGCUUGUUGCACCUACUGUUGGUUUAUUGAGUGAUAGAUGCAGAUCAAGAUUUGGCAGAAGGAGGCCAUUUAUUCUUGCUGGAUGUAUUACUAUCUGUGUUGCUGUGAUUUUGAUUGGGUUUUCAUCAGACAUAGGAUCUGCAUUGGGUGAUACAAUGGAGAAUUGCAGCACAUAUAUUGGUCCUCGAUGGAAAGCUGCUAUUAUCUAUGUGGUGGGUUUUUGGGUUCUCGAUUUUGCUAACAAUGUCGUACAGAGUCCAACACGUGCAAUGAUGGCUGAUCUCUCUGGAAAACAUGGAUGUAAUGCAGGAAAUAUAAUCUAUGCCUUUUGGAUGGCCUUUGGAAAUGUCCUAGGCUAUUUAUCUGGGGCUGUUGGAGGCUGGUAUAAAUGGUUUCCUUUCCUAAUGACAAAUUCUUGUUGUGAAGCCUGUGCUAAUUUAAAGGGUGCCUUCUUGGUUGCAGUUGUUUUCCUGUCUCUUUGCUUAACGGUGAGUCUAACAUGUGCAAAAGAAGUUUCUCUCUCUGAAUUGGACCCGGCAUCUGUGUGGCAGGAAAAUUAUGGAUUACUUUCUUUGUUAAAAGCCUUUAAAAGCUUGCCAGUUGGAAUGUUGUCUGUGCUUCUUGUGACAUCUAUUACUUGGAUGGCCUGGUUUCCCUUCCUUCUUUAUGACACAGACUGGAUGGGACGAGAAAUCUACCGUGGUGAUCCCAAUGGAACAAAGGCUGAAAUUGAUGCUUACAACAACGGUGUCCAACAUGGUGGAUUUGGCUUGCUCCUGAAUUCGAUUGUUCUUGGGGUCAGCUCAAUUUUUCUUGAGCCUAUUUGCCGGAAAUUCACUUCAAGGAUUGUUUGGGUCCUUGGCAACUUCACCGUUUUCAUUGCCUUGGUCGCAAUUACAAUUCUAAGUCUGAUUUCUAAGAAUCUACAUGCUGAAAGCAUGAGUACUGUAUUUGGAGAACUUGGAGUAAAAAUUGGAGCUUUGGUUAUCUUCGCAGCUCUUGGGUUUCCUCUAGCUAUUCUGUUUAGCAUUCCCUUCGCCAGUGCGGCGCAGCUUGCUGUGAACGAGGGAGGCACCAAACAGGGACUGUGCAUUGGUAUUUUGAACAUCUCCAUUGUCAUUCCCCAGGUGAUCGUUGCACUUGGUGCUGGUCCAUGGGAUGCUAUCUUUGGCACUGGUAACAUUCCAGCGUUUGUUCUGGCUUCAGCUUUUGCUCUAACAGGAGGCUUUAUUGCCCUUGCUGUUCUACCGAAGCCCCCCACAUCAUCCUUGAACUACGGAUAUGGGCCUGUGCAAGAUCGUUAAAGAAAAAAAACAUAUAGGAAAAAUAACAGCUGUAAUCAAAGAGCAUAAAUUCCUAUAUGAUUUGAUGAGAAUAUUACAUAAUAUAUAUAGCCAAAAA